UUCAACAGAAAUGAUAAAAUAUUACAUGAAUAUUAACAAAGUGGAUGUUUGUUUGAAAUGUUGUUUGAAAAACUGCCCAACGUCAAAUCGUGUUGCUUCUUUGUGCCCAUAAAAUAUGGAGUUAUACUAAUUGCCAUACAUUUCAUGUUGUGGGCUGAAGUGGAACAUACGUACUUGUCCAAGAUAGGGCUUUCCCUCGAGGAUUGCUCCGCUUCCUUGGAAGAAGACGAAUGUCCGUUUAAAUAUAUAAUAUCAGUCGUGGAGUAUGUGGAAUACUUUGAGUCCUUUAUGAGUUUUUUGCCGAGCAUGUUCCUUAUCAUGUCCGUUUUUAUUAAACACCAGCUGAUGGUCACAAUGUUUAUGUAUUUCAUAACCACAACAUACACUAUAGAUUUCAUAAUAGAUAUAUCUGUAAUAAUAAUUAACUGCGCGUUACCGGAAUGUAGAUCUGGUAUUUCCCAAAUAAUCAUAUGUACAUCUUUGCACAUUGUAAUUUACAUAUAUAGUUUAUAUUUAGUACUUGUUACAAAAAGCUUCAGAUCGCAGAUAAAAGCUCAAGCGAGCCUCGAAGACAGACAUGGUCGCCAUCUGCUGAUAGGCGACAAUGAGCAAGUGAGCAAAUACGGAAGACUCAAAGUUACUAGGAGAUACGACAAUUAUACAAAUGCGAAAAACACAGCGUACAAUAACGCGAAUAAUACUGAUGACGGUAACACUAAUAAAUAUUACAUACCCAAGUCUAGUAAAAGUGUGAGAACCAUAAAAGAGGAGACAGAGAACAGAGACGCGGGAACACAACAAGAUGGUGGGGAAAAUAUGAGAAUUACAGAGGAGAAGAUUAAAACUAUAAAAAUUAUUGCGGAGAAAGAAACCGAAAAUGUUGCAACUUCAGAGGAAGACAAAAAUAAUGAAAAUGUGAGACAUAUAGAGAAGGGAAAAAGUGUAAAUGUGAGAUCAUUAGAAGACAGGGAAAACGAAAACACGCAAUCAUUGGGCAUGGAGAGAGGGACAGCAGAUUUCAGACCUAUAUAUACAGAUAAAAGGACUGAAAAUAUAAGACCUUUAGAGAAGGAAGGCGGGGAUGAGGUGAGACCUAUGGAGAAGGAAAGAGGGAAUGAAAAUAUGAGAUCUUUAGGGAAGGAGAGAGGAACUGAAAAUGUAAGACCUAUAGAGAAAGAUAGAGGGACUGAAAAUGUAAGACCUUUAGAGAGGGAGAAAGAGACUGAAAACAUGAGACCUUUAGAGAAAGACAGAGAUAAUGCAAAUAUGGGAACUUUAGGGAAGGAGAGAGGAACUGAAAACAUGAGACCUAUGGAGAAAGAGAAAGGGACUACAGUUACGAUACCUAUGGAUAAGGAGAGAGGGACUGAAAAUGUGAGUCUUAUGGUGAAAGAUAGAGGGACUGCAGUUAUGAUACCUAUGGAGAAGGAGAAUGAAAUUACGAGACCUUUAGAGAGGGACAAAGGGACUGAAAACAUGAGACCUAUAGAAAGGGAGAGAGUGACUGAAAAUGUGAGACCUAUGGAGAAUGAGAAAGGGACGGCAAAUUCGAUACCUCUGGAGAAGGAGAGAGGGAAUGUCAAUAUGAGAUUUACAGAAAGGGAGAGAGUGACUGAAAAUGUAAGACCUUUAGAGAGGGACAAAGGGUUUGAAAAUAUGAGACCUAUGGAGAAAGACAGAGAUAAUGCAACUAUGAGAUCUUUAGAGAAGGAGAGGGAGACCGAAAAUAUAAGACCUUUGGAGAGGGAGAAAGGAAAUGAAAAUGUGAGUCCUAUGGUGAAAGAUAGAGAUAAUACAAAUAUGCGACCUAUGGAGAGGGAGGGAGGGACUGAAAAUAUGAGGCCUCUAGAGAAAGACAGAGAUAAUGCAAAUAUGAGAACUAUAGAGAGGGAAAAGGGGAAUGAAAAUAUGAGAUCUACAGAAAGGGAGAGAUUGAGUGAAAAUGUAAGACCUAUAGAGAGGGAGAAAGGGACUGAAAACAUGAGACCUUUAGAGAAAGACAGAGAUAAUGCAAAUAUGGGAACUUUAGGGAAGGAGAGAGGAACUGAAAACAUGAGACCUAUGGAGAAAGAGAGAGGGACUACAGUUACGAUACCUAUGGAUAAGGAGAGAGGGAAUAAAAAUUUGAGAUCUACAGAAAGGGACAGAUUAACUGAAAAUGUAAGACCUAUAGAGAGGGAGAAAGGCAAUGAAAAUGUGAGACCUACGGACAAAGACAAAGAUAAUGCAACUAUGAGAUCUUUAGGGAAGGCGAGAGGGACCGAAGAUAUGAGACCUUUAGAGAGGGAGAAAGGCAAUGAAAAUGUGAGUCCUAUGGAGAAAGAGAGAGAUAAUGCUAAUAUGAGGCCUAUAGAGAAUGAAAGAGAGAAUGCAAAUAUGAGAUCUUUAGGGAAGGAGAGAGGGACUGAAAAUGUGAGUCUUAUGGUGAAAGAUAGAGGGACUGCAGUUAUGAUACCUAUGGAGAAGGAGAAUGAAAUUACGAGACCUUUAGAGAGGGACAAAGGGACUGAAAACAUGAGACCUAUAGAAAGGGAGAGAGUGACUGAAAAUGUGAGACCUAUGGAGAAUGAGAAAGGGACUGCAAAUUCGAUACCUAUGGAGAAGGAGAAAGGGAAUGUCAAUAUGAGAUUUACAGAAAGGGAGAGAGUGACUGAAAACGUAAGACCUUUAGAGAGGGACAAAGGGAUUGAAAAUAUGAGACCUAUGGAGAAAGACAGAGAUAAUGCAACUAUGAGAACUAUAGAGAGGGAAAGGGGGAAUGAAAAUAUGAGAUCUACAGAAAGGGAGAGAUUGACUGAAAAUGUAAGACCUAUAGAGAAAGAGAGAGGAACUGAAAAUGUAAGACCUUUAGAGAGGGACAAAGGGAUUGAAAAUAUGAGACCUAUGGAGAAAGACAGAGAUAAUGCAAAUAUGGGAACUUUAGGGAAGGAGAGAGGGACUGAAAAUGUGAGGAAGAGAGAAAAUGAUGAUAUGAGAUCUACAGAUGAGGAAGAAGAGGAGAACAAAAAGUCUGGCUGUUCAAAAUGUACGUGGCAUCCGGGCCGCUAAUAUAAAAACUGCGCCCCGGGGCUUCGCUCCCGUGGAAAUUUUGGGAUAAAAAUUACCCUAUGUGUUAUUCCAGGUUAUAUUCUACCAAAGUGUACCAAAUUUCAUAACAAUCCGUGUAGUAAAUUUUAGUGAAAGAGUAGCAGGAAUGAAUGAAUGCGCAUGUUUAUGCACGCAUACAUUCUCACAUACUUUGGCAUUUAUAAUAUCAAGUAGGAUAUUGUAAAAGUAGUGAUUGAAAAUUUUUUUUAUAUUGCUUUUUUUUGUAUUAAAUCUAUAUUAAAUUUUAUUUCUGU